UGCAUGUCUCACCCACUCUGUGUCUGCUGCUCCCUCUUCCUUUUCUCCUCAUUUUUUCUUCCUCUGCCACUGCUGACAGUACUACUAAUCUCUGCCUAUUUUCAGCGGGCUUUCUUUCCCUCACAGAUGCCCGUUUUUACACGAGUUUACCAUUUAUUUCCCUCCAUCUCUAUUUCUCCUCUGCAAGUCUUUCUGCGCUCACAUUGAGGAAUGCAGCAUGAGGCAAGCGGUGGCUUUUUGGCUGUUGAUACUUGCGACUCUGCUCCGAGGGUCAGUGCAGGGUCCACACCAGCGUUAUCUUCUCAAAGAACUGCUGAGGGACUACAACCCUAUGGAGAGACCAGUGGCCAACGACUCCCAGGCCCUCACUGUUCACUUCUCCGUCACGCUAAUACAGGUCAUGGAUGUGGAUGAGAAGAAUCAGAUCCUCACCACAAAUGCCUGGCUGCAGAUGCAGUGGUAUGACCACUAUCUCCAGUGGAACCAGUCAGAGUAUCCGGGAGUCAAGAACCUCCGUUUUACCCCUGACCAGGUCUGGACCCCUGACAUAUUGCUCUACAACAGUGCUCAUGAUAAGUUCGAUGCCACAUUUAAGACCAACGUGCUGGUUAACUCGAGUGGCUUCUGUGAGUAUCUGCCUCCAGGGAUAUUUGUCAGCACAUGUAAUGUGGAUGUGAGAUGGUUUCCAUUUGACAUCCAGCGCUGUGAGCUGAAGUUCGGCUCUUGGACUUUUGAUGGCUGGCUGCUGGACAUCCAGAUGAGGGAGGCAGAUGUGUCGGGGUACAUGCCCAAUGGAGAGUGGGACCUUAUGGAGGUCCCCGGAGGUCGUAAUGAGGUUUUCUAUGACUGCUGUGCAGAGCCGUACCCAGAUGUGACGUUUGUGGUAACGCUAAGAAGGAGAACCCUCUUCUAUGCUCUCAACCUGCUCAUCCCAUGCGUGCUCCUGUCCUCCAUGACCCUGCUGGUCUUCCUGCUCCCCGCCAACUCGGGGGAGAAGAUCAGCCUUGGCAUCACCGUUCUGCUUUCUCUAACUGUCUUCAUGCUGAUGGUUGCAGAGAUAAUGCCCGCCACUUCCGACUCCGUGCCACUGAUCGGUCAGUACUUUGCCAGCACCAUGGUGAUUGUUGGUAUGUCGGUGGUAGCCACAGUCAUUGUCCUCCAGUUUCAUCACCACAGUCUGAACAGUGGACAAAUGCCACGCUGGGUGCACUUGGUUCUGCUGCAGUGGGUUCCUUGGUUUCUGCGCAUGAAGCGACCAGGAGAGGGAGCAGAACCCACUUUAUCCAACAGCCAAGCAGACUCUCACAGCAAGACUCUAUCCUCUCCGACGACCACCACCACCACGAUCCCCAUCCCUAUCCCAGCUCCUUCCAUCCUGCCACAAAGUCUCGGUGCCCUGCAGGUGAGCUUGGCACAGCUCAGCCACCCUCUGUCCCAUCAACUUCCUCAACGCCCCCAGGUUAAUAUCCAGCCUAACCCUGGUUCCAAUCCACCACCUCAGCCCAAUGGUCAUCUGCCUUACAUGGGCUUUCAGACCUUACAGACCACCGCUGAACUAGAACCUGUUCAGAGGUGCCGGACUACCAGCCAUGGGCGGGUCAACAGAGGAUCCAGUGGAGGAGGAGAAGGAGAUGAAGGGGCAGCAGUAGGAGGAGGUGCGGUGGGAACGAUUGGAGAUAUACCGAUACAUCAGCACCUCCAGUCUUCAAAGUUUGUGAGCCCCCCACUGGAAACUCUAGUAUCUCCAGACCCUGAGCAUACAGGCGCAGCCACAGGACCCUGUGGCUUAGACCCUGGGGGUGGGAGAUCCGCUGCCCUCCAGAGCCACAGUGGGAUGAUUCGAUCUGUUGCUGUGGACAACCAGCUACAGGCUCUUCUAACAGAGGUGCAGUUCUUAGUGGAACGCGUUCGCGAGCAGGACCGUCAGCUGAGUUUAGCAGAGCAGUGGCAGUUCGCUGCUGCCGUCAUCGACCGCCUGUGCCUGGUCGGAUUCAGUGUUUUCAACAUCAUCUGCACAAUUGCUAUCCUCAUGGCUGCUCCUAACUUUGGGAUAGCGCUAUCAAAAGACUUCCUCUGAGAAAUAAAGAAGCAAGUCUGAUAAAGAGGGUGGUGCAAUGAGACGCUGAUGGAAGCACAAUUUUGAUUUUAAAAGCGGGAAAGGACUAUUCUCAGUGACUCAGAAACUUUAAAGUUAAUUUUCUUAUGGAACAUAUAUAGAACUCAUUAUGCAGCUAUAUGUGAAAAUAAUCUGACUUCAAUUAAACUUGUAUAAAGACUAGCAUUCGUAAGAUGAUGCCCAGUUGAGAGCAGUACAGAGUUACAUUUAUUUUUGUGUGUCUUCAUUUCAACUAUAAAUUGUGACAUUCUGAAAUUAUGCAAUUGGUUUGCCUGCUUCCACUGGGCUUUGCACUGUCUGAAGGUUUUGGUUUAAUCUCUAUGUUGAGGCCUGCCAACAGCAGCCGUCAGAUCUUACUCAUUAAGCUAACUAGCUGAACAUGGCAAUCAGCCACCCAUCAGUUAAAGCCAAUGCUACAUGUGCUAAUGAACAGCAAAGCUUUGAUCCAUCAGGGUGGAAAACCUGAAUAACCUGUGUCAAACUGUCGAGAUUGAGGAACGUUUCCUUGCAUCUGGGAAAAUGAAGAAAUAAACAUAUAUCCACUGCCUUAA